UGGUCGAGAAAAGGGGGUGGAUAAGAGGAGGUAGAGUUUGGAACCUAUUUUAGCUCCAAGCUCAUCCUUGGCUUCCUUCUACGUCUGCAUCGAGGAUAAUAAGAAAGAAAAAAAGGACGAAAUUAAACGACGGUGGGAACGAAGUGAACCGAAGUGUUAAAAAUGCUGUGUCGUUGGCUCGCCCUCCUGAUACUCGCUGCUUUUCUCCUGGUUAUCGAAGGGAUCGCGGUCACUCAAGGCACUUUUGCUCGAGAUCAAAAGCUGGUGGGAGGAAAUGUGUUUGGCAAUCACAAUUUCACCAACGGACCAACGUUCGAAAUGAACGUUCCACGAAAUGUGACCACAGCAGUUGGCCAGACUGCUUUUCUUCAUUGCAGAGUUCAUCAACUGGGUGACAAAGAGGUGUCCUGGAUGCGCAAAAGGGACAUGCACAUCCUGAGCGCGGGCAUCCUGAUGUACACCUCGGAUCUAAGGUUCCAAGUGAUCCAUCCGGACAAGUCUGAGAACUGGACCCUGCAGAUCAAGUCGCCCCAGGAACGGGACUCGGGGGUUUACGAGUGCCAGGUCAGCACCGAGCCCAAGAUGUCGUUGAACUACAGCCUCAACGUGGUCGAGGCACGAGCCAGAAUAAACGGGCAAGCGGAUAUUUACGUGAAAACCGGCAGUCUUCUCAUCCUCACCUGCCUCAUGUCUCAAGGGCCUCACGACCUUGGCACAGUGGCUUGGUACCAUGGUAGCCAGCCAAUAGUUACGUCGCCUCAUUCGGAGAACGACGUGAACGGCGAGCCCCGCAUCACGGUCGAAACCGAGUGGAGCGACGCCCUCACGUCAAGAUUGAGGAUCACCCAUGCAAAGCUAAGCGACUCUGGAAACUACAGUUGCGUGCCCACUGUGGCGGAGAGAGCCAGCGUCAACGUGCAUGUUAUUAAUGGAGAGCAUCCAGCUGCAAUGCAGCACGGGAACACGGCAGCAGGCUCGCCAACAUCGAAGACAGUCCUCGUAAUGCUCGCCUUCUUUUUGGGUCAAUUGAGAUAAUGUGUGUUCUCGUACGUGUGUCUCUCGUGAGUGUGUUCCAACCUGUCUGUAUGCGUGUAUACUAUGCGCAUGUACUCUCGACCGUGGUACUUGCAUGUGUGCGAGCUUGUAUGUAUUGUGCACGUGCGAAUUAAACGCGACCAUGAAUGGAUCUUAAACGCGAGCAUUAAGUGAAUAAAAAAAAAAAGAAAAAUAAGAAAAACUCGAUGGAUCGUUGGACACAAUAAGACGUAGCCACCCUCCUAUAAAACCCUGUUUGUACCUUGAUCGAAAUUAAAUUACCGACCGAGCAUGCGACCGGAACGAUCAUCGAUGAAGAAGCUUUCUUCUGACCGACAUAAUCGAUCGAUAAUUGGGAAUGGAAGGCUGAUUGGUGAGAUAUUUUUAUUUUUAUUUCGUGUUUAUUAAGUCUGAGAUAAUAAAUUGUGAUUAUUAGUUUAAUUAAUAUGUUUUAUGAUAUACACGAUAUACAAAAAAAAAGUUUAUACGAAAUAUCUUUUAAAUAUUUAUAAAAUUAUUAAUAUUAUUUUAAGGAUUAAUAUAUUACAUAUACAAUAUUCACUGACGAUAGCUCUUUCCAAUCUCAAAAUUGCUCAACUUCCCGUCAAAGGCAUAACUGAAUCAUCAAUUUCACUAACUACAUUCACUUUUCUAUACUCAACUUUUAACCAAAUUCACGACAUUACAAAAAUUAAAAUUUUAUUCAAUAAAUUAAAAGUGAUAUUUCAUCGAAAGAAAGUUCUUUCAAUCUUUUCGAUUACAUCAAUUCAUCGAAAUGGGGAAAAAAAGAUCGAUCCACAAUCGAUACGAAACUUUUCAACGAUAAUAUAUCAUUCAAUGAGUUCGUUUAAAAAAGAAAAUUCAGUUCUCAGUGAAAGGAAGAAACAUCGAUGAAGGAACUCUUAUUAGCUGCUGGUUCAUCGCGUGAAAAUCACGAUUUUCAGUGAAUCUCAUAGGAGAGAACUUUGUCGAAAACGUCGUCGUAGUAUCCCAGGUUCGAUAUGUUUAAUAACUUGCAAAUUACCACUGCGUUCUAGUGUCGUCAAAGUAAGGAAAAGAAAAAUGAAGUAUCGAAGUAAACGAUUGUACAUGACGUAUGAUGUUGUAAAUGACGAUUCAACAAUGAACGAGAAAAAAAAAUAAAUGAAAAUGUAAGAGCGUGAGACGUGUGCUCGAAUAAAUUCGAUGUGUAAGUUUGCAACUUAGUAGGGACGAUUAUGUAUAUUGUAAUUGUUACAUACGAGAGCGAUCGUUCGUGUAACGAAAGAGUUCGU